AUGCAUGGUGGUCAUCGUGGAGCCUUUCGGAGCCCAACUUCUAAAAGGCUUCAUAGAUCUUUUUCUCCUCCUCGACCCAAAACUCCUCGUCGGGUUCGAGCUAGGACACCACCACCCCAAAGAAUUCCUUUUUCUGUAAGAACCCCUCCUCGAGAAAGAAUGGCCGGAAACGGUGAAGGCGAAAUGCCACCGGUUGUGCCUGAAAGGACCAUGAGUGUCUAUAUGAAUCCGGCCCGUUCUACUCCGCGGCCCACUAUAGUCCUUCCGGCCGCAACCGAGGCGAAUAACUUCACCGUUAAAAUGCAUCACAUUAACAUGAUGCCAUCUUUUUAUGGCAAAGACAAAGAAUGCCCGUACACUCAUAUGCGGGCAUUCGAGGAAUUGGUAUCCACAAUAGUGUCCACGCCCGCUCAACUUGAGUCCGCAAAGCUAAAACUCUUCCCAUUUUCAGUAAAAGACAAAGCCAAGAUUUGGUUGAAUAACAUGAGGCCCCAAUCCUUGGCAAACUGGGCGGAUUUAUCAAAGGCUUUCUACAUGAAAUUUUUUCCCCCUCAUCUCACAAAGGAACUCAUGCAUCAAAUCCAAACGUUUAAACAAAAAGAGGGGGAAUCAUUUUACCAAUAUUGGGAAAGGUACAAGGAUUUGCUAAACUCCAUCCCACAUCAUGGCCUCCCAACUUUUCAAAAGGUCGAGUACUUGUUAAAGGGAUGUUUCCAAAGUACUCGACACCUUAUGGAUAGCAUGUGUGCUGGUGGAGUUAUGGCAAAAACCCCUGAAGCGGCGUGGGACUAUUUUGAGGAAUUAGCUGAAAAAACUCAAAACUGGGAUUGCUCGGACCCCUCUGAAAAGAAUGUGUUUAAUCCGGUUCCGAGCAAUUCCGGUAAAUUUCAAUUGAAUGAGCAAAAUGAGCUAGCCCACAAGGUCGCCCAGCUUUCCCGCCAAAUUGAAACUUUACAACUCAACAAAGUUGCUGGGGUGGCCUCUGUGGCCAAGGCGGAAGACAUUUGUGUUUUAUGUGAAGUUGCAGGUCAUGCUACGGGGGAUUGUCAAAUGCUCCCUGCCGUUAAGGAUAUUCUCCAAGGAACCGGCCCAUCGGAGGUCAACGCCGUUAAUCAACGGUUUGACCCUUAUUCUCAGACUUUCAAUCCGGGUUGGAAGAUGCAUCCUAAUUUCCGGUGGAGCGAUUCUUAA